AUUAGUAGUAAAAACCAAGCGAGUGAAAUUAACCAAUGACAGCAAAGGGGGGCGUGUCCAACCUUGUUGUGGUUGACAUCAACUUCCUGCUUUGCGGCGUGAAAGCUUUCAAACUGCAGUUUUCGACCAUGAAGAGGAGAAACAUCCCGUUACACAACUGAACAGGAGCAGCGCUGGUGACCCUGUACGUGAGAGAGAAAGUAGAACUCGGAAUUGGAAGUUCUCUUUCCACUCCACCUUGUCCCAUUGAAUCAGCUCCGCAACAAAAUGGUGCACGUCUACAACUGCCAUCCUUACGCCUCACAGCAGAUAGUGCAGGUGGAGCAGGAGCCCGGCCUGGUCUGCUGCGGAGGUGGUUCCUUGUUUGUGGUAACCGCUGGAGGAUGCAAGGUGGAAGCCUACAAUCUGGAGCGGGAGGGCUGCCCGCUCAUGUGUCGCUUCGCUACCAUGGGUUCCGUCAGGAGCAUCCUGCACAGCGACAUCGGAGACUACCUGGUCACGAUCGAGGAGAAGAACAGCUCCACCUACCUGAGAGCCUACACCAACUGGCGUUAUCAGGCCGAGGAGAAGGCUCGUGUUGGGGUGCGCUUGUUGGGCCACCUGCUUCGAGGGGCGUCCCAGCGGGGCGGAGUACAAAUGGAGAUCAUCGAGAUCCCCUUAUCGGAGCGUCCCGUCGCCGUGGCGUGUUGCCCGCUCACGGGCGACCUCCUGGUCGGCUGCGACAAAACUCUGGUUCUGUUUACUUUGAGGAGACAGAACCAUCAAAAUACGCCGAACGUCCAACAACCUUCGAGCGCAAGUCCAGAUCAGACCCCAAACCCGAGCGCUUCCUUUUUGGACUUUGAACGCUCCGUCAUCCUGCAUCUUCCGGCAACCAAUCCCAAACAGGUGGCGCUGUGCGCAGGAUAUGUCGCCGUGCAAGCGGAGCUGGAGGUCCUGGUCCUCAAACUGCAUGCGAAUUAUGAGCCAAAAGACCCGGCGGCCGAGGAGACGUCUGAAGCGGCGAAAGACGAUCAACCCGAAGACCAGAUUGACUUCCUGCUCCUUCCAAGGCACCAAGAGUUGCUGGGCGAGCGAGCUGCAAACUGCGACAUCCCCGUCAGCAUCGAGAAAACGGGCCUGGAGGACCGAGGAGAAAACGCAUUCUCUUACGUUCUCUUCAGGCGUUUUACUCCGGACUACUUCCAGGGCUGCAGUGUGGAGGGGACGCACCUUCACUCCCUGAAACUGCACCCCUUAUUUACAAGCCGGCGGUCCGGGUCUGAAGAGCCAGCUUGCGUGUUCUGCUUCUUCUCCCUCCCCGCCGCCGGCUACCUGUACAGCCUGAAAGGCGGCGUGGAGCUUCUCUCAACUUAUCAGUAUCCCGAGAAGGUCUUGGAAGCGGUCUUGACGGAUCACCUGUUACACGUCAUCACCAAGAGCGCGCUGCAGUGCUUCACCGUGCGUUGCGCGGCGGUGGCGGCCAGGUUGGAGGACCCCUACAUCGAUACCACCAUGAGGGCCUGCCCCCCCAGCAACCUUGAAGUGUGCGCCCUGAGGAUGCAGCUGUUUAUCGGCCUUCGCUGCGUGCGCGCGUACGGCCGCCACGUGGUCCUGUUGUCCGCCGCCGACGCCGAGACGGCAGAGGAGACGGAACGCAACGCGCAACGCCGAGGCCUCACGUUGAAAGAGCGCACCAUGCUGACGGGUAUUUUCCUGGCGGUGGGAAUCGAUCCCACCACCACCCCAGCUCUGGAGAGCCUUCUGUCACGCCCCUUCCUGAGCAGGAAGUGGACAAUGUCCACUCCCAAGGAGACCGGCGCCGUCGUCGGACACGGAUGGAACCUUUACGUGGUGGAAACGGUCCCUCCGCUCGCUCUCUACCACGAGAUGGUUGAAUACAGCCAGCAUUAUGCGCAGAACAUGGAGCACGCGCAGAGUCUUUGGCACGUCCUCAGCGAAGCCCACCUCCUCCUGCGCGCGGCCUUGCUUCAGUCUUCGCAGCCGCGCCGCCACGGCGGCCCCGCAGACGACCCGCCCGACAGAACGGCCGCCGAGCGGGCGUUCCGGGAGAACUGUGCGCAGCUGGGAGACUGUUUCAGCAGGGGGAGCCAGAGCUACUGUCAUCAGGCUUUGCCGUACUACAGAAUGUCGGGCCUGUCGCUCACCGACGUCAUGGCCAGGAAUCGCCCCCUCCCGAGCAGCCCGCACGCCUACGGCCCGGGCUUUUUGUUUUACCUCAAGCAUUACCUUUUAGAGGAGACCGACCAGCAUCUCGCUCAGGAAGCGGCGGACGAGGUCAUCGACAUUUUUAGCCAAUCGGAACCCUCCCAGCUCAUCGCCGCCUGCUCCAGCCCGACCAUGACCAACGUCAGUCCCGACCGGACGCUGCGGAUCUUGCGACAGCUGGAGGCCGGCGCCGGCGUGUCUGUUGCGCUGACCAUCACCAUGGCAACCAUGGCGCUGCGCUUGGACGACCCGGCGCAGUACGCGCGGCUGAUGGAGAGGCACGCCGAGCUGGUCUUGGUGUACGGCUUCAUCGAGGAGCCCAGGCUGUUGCUGCACGGGGGAGGCGCGGGCCGGCGCGCCGACAUCGCCCCCACGCCGUUAAGUCACCAAAUGGCCGCGUCGCAGCCCGGCUUGCUGGUGGCGGCCAUGGUUGCCCUGCAUGAGAACAACAAAGUUCAACUUGAACAGGUGGACCAAAUGUUUCAGGUGCUGCGCUGCGAAAACAGCUUGCAGGUGGAUUUCUGGGAGGCCACGCUGAUGGCGUCGUCACAAGAAGGCGUCAUUCAAGAGCUCCUCUUCCGGUUGUCUUCGGUCUACAUCGACCGACUGAUACACACGAGCGCAGGCGAACGUCUGCGGCAACCUCCGGCUCGCAGGUCACUGAAGAGCGCCGACGAUCUGAUCAAUUCCUGCUCCCAUUACGGCGCUCUGCAUCCAUGGCUUAUUGUUCUCAGUCCACCUCACAGUACCAGUUUUGAACACCAGGAGGCGUUGCACAAAAUGCAGUCGCUCCUCUGUGGCCCGUCCCUGCCGGUGGGCUCGGUCGCACCCUUGUUGGAAAGUUUGCCAGACCAAACGUUGUGGGGCUUCAGCCUGCACCUUCUGUGUGCAACCAGGAGGGGGCAGUACGAUCAGAGCAUCGAAGAGAUCCUGGACCGAUGCCCGCAGGCUAUCAUCGCCUACGCCAAUCACCACUUGCAAGAUCAAUACAUGGAUUUGUGGUGGAAGAAACUGCUCCCGGAACUCUGCCGUCGGACAAGAGUCGCGCCGGACAAUUGCAUUCUGUUGGCCGCUCUCAAAGAGACGCUGGUGGUUGUUGCCAUGGAGACAAGUCCCGCACAAUUCCUGGAGCUCUUACCUGAGGACGGAACAGCUUCAUACUUCUUACCUCACUUGUUGACCUGCAGCCAGAGACACUUAUUGGCCUAACACGCACACACACACACACACACACACACACACAAUCUUGCGACUGAUAAAAAUAUGUGGGGAAAAAAAAGUACAAAAGCUCUUUCCUAAUAAGGGUUGAAAUAAACUUGUUAGUAGUCAUUCUAUGAUGUGAUUCAAGUUUAGUCCAAGUUGAUGAUGACGUUCAUAUUUUGUCACAGUACAGUUCUUACAGGGUUUUUUUGCCCCGCCGGGGGGUGGGGGGGGGGGGGUUAAAUGAGAUCUUUUGAUAGGUCAGGUGGGUCUGUGUUGCGCCCACUUACAAGCACAUGAAA